AUGGCCGAUUCCAGUGAGACCCGGCCGGUUGCUCGGGCCACCAAGCCCGUGAGCGAGGCCCUGCUUAACGAGAAGUGGGAUCGCGCCAUUUCCUCCAUGAUCAUCAAGUCCUCCCUCGGUCUGUCCUUCGGUGUUGUGUUCUCCGUUCUCCUCUUCAAGCGGAGAGCUUGGCCCGCUUGGGUCGGUCUCGGAUUUGGUGCCGGCCGUGCCUGGGAGGAGGCUGACGCUUCAUUCCGCCGGGGCGAUUCGCCUGUUCGAGAUGCUCUGCGUCGCUAG